UGAAAUUUUGUAACAUUUGUCAAUUUUGUGUCCUCUAUUUCCCCAUUUUCUAAAAACUGGUUGGUUAAUUUUUUAAUUUUAGCGUCUAAAUAUGAUCAACAAGUCUAAGUUGUUUCGACAGUGUGUAGCUAACUCACAUACUUAGAGGUGGUGUGGCUCUGGGAGUUGAUUUAUGAUGAGUUUUCUCAUUUUUAUGUCAUCAGAAAUAUCAUAUGCCAAUGCCAUGAAUGCAUGAAGAUGUAUUUCAUUCAUGAAUGCCAGUGAACACAGUUCGUGUGACUGUGCGUGUGCGUGUGUGUGUGUGUGUGUCUUACUUCAUCAAUGCGAUGAGAUGAUCAACUCCGGCUUCGUCUGGUAAUGAAGUAGUAGGCCUAUACCCUGGAUACAGUAGUCGGUAACCAUCUCGGCAUCAGUGUUUGUUAUAUACCAGGUUCAUGCAUGCAUUGUAUGGCAUUGACUUGCAAAGAUGUAAAUAGAUAACGUAUGAUUAUGCAAUCUCAGAAAUGUCACGACGAUGACACCGCCACCAUACGUUGGAAUCGAAUAUGUUGUUGACUGAUGUAACAAUGUUCGACUUCGAGGUUUGAAGCCCAAGUUUCCCAGGGAGUUUUCCAUGCCGAAGACGUAAUGAAGAGUACUUUUGCCCCAUCCACAUUGUUGUAGUGCAAAUGGUUUGCUCUACAGGCUGUUGGCAAUACACAGUCAGUGGUAGAAGACAUUCUUAACUAAAUUUAGCGCAUUUCUAGUUGAAUGACAUAAAAUGUAAACCUGACCUCUUCAUCCCGAUUGAUCAAUAAAUAACCCAUAGGCAUAAAGUCUUGAGUCCAGUGAUUGCACUUUUAAGUGAAAUUACCUGCCCUACAUCCAAAUAGGACAGUAACACAGACAGUUCCAGAAUUAAUCAAUGUUGUUUGACAGGUUAUAAUGAACACUCCUGGACUGACCUUACUUAAGUGUACUGAAAAUCCUGUCAUUGGAGUGAUUUAUAUAAAAAUCAAUACAACAAAUAUGCCAAUGUGCCAAUGUGGCAAUUCUGGUUCUCUCUUGAUUUGUUUAGUCUGUUAGGGUUAAGGAUUGCACUAUAGAUCAGAUUUUGAGACUCUCCGUUUUGAGAGAAGUAGUGAUUUACAUUUACUUUUGUUAAUAUUAUGAAAGUCAAUUUAUUUGUAAACAAACAUCCAUAAAUCAAAUUACUAUUCGGGUGCUUUUCGAAAUUUUCAUGAAUCUCAAAAAUAAAAAGUCUGAAAGAUUUAGCGAAUUUUCCAAUAACAGUCCACAAAAGUGUAGUAAUAUAAUGUACUUAAAAGUUAUUUCUGCUGGCUCUCCUUAUAUUUUUGGUUUAAUCUGCUCUUCUUUUUUCAGAAUCUACAAUUACAAUAAUGUCACCUACCAAAAACUUAAGGAAACUGAUGAAGUGAUAUGCAAAAUGGUCAAUUGUUUAGUGGCUGUCAUUAUCGAAAUUAAGUUUUUCCAACAUGGGAGAUCGCGAGGCAGAUGCAAUUUCCACUGCUGAUGAUGCUGGGGGUAUUCAGAUAGGAGAGAAUGUAGCUUUGGAGGAAAUUAAAUCUGACGUGCCGGAUGAGAAAACAGACAGUAGGAAGAAUGAGGAAUUACACUGUACAGUGCAUGGAAAUGAAGGGAAUACUCAGACUGGAUCUGGUAACACAAAUGAUGGUAGCGUAAGUGAUGGUAACACGAAGGAUUCUGACACAAAUGGGAGUAACACGAAUGUCGCUGACAAUAACACAAAUGAUGCCGAUGGUGAUGAAAAACUUUGUGCGUGUACUAGUGGUUGUUCCUGUGAUGACGCGGCGGUGGGGGACCGUCUGCUGGGCAAUACAGACAUGGCUAAGCCCCCUGUUAGUUCUUCUAAUCACAAGAUUCAGUUCCAAGAUUCAAGUUUGCACUCAGUUGAUGAAGUGUACCCAAAGUCGUACGUCCAGUGUAAGAAAACCUCCCCCAAAAGAUCCAAAUACAGCAAGUACAGGAAUUCUAUGUUACAUUUCCUACCUGUACGCACAGAUAGCAAGCCCAACAUUUGUCCGUAUGAGAGUGCUGGUUUCUUCUCCACGAUCACCUUCCAUUGGAUCCAAGGUCUCAUGAUGAAGAUUUAUCGCCGCGGCUUGGAGGACGACGCGAUCUGGGCAUGCCCGGUCAACCAGAGUGCCGAUACCAACUGCAGAAGACUCGAACGAUUAUGGACUGAAGAACUUGAGAAGAAGGGCGAUCAAGCAUCGUUUAGACGUGUCAUAUUCCGAUUCAUCAAGACGAGGACAUUAGUCUCGGGAUUCUUUCUUGCCAUACAUGUGCUCAUCAGUUUUGUGGGCCCGGCCUAUUUUUUGCACAGCAUCCUAGAAUACACUCAACACAAUGAAGUGGAUAUCGCCUAUGGUGUUGGGUUAGCCGUGGGACUCUCCAUCGUGGAGCUAGCUCGAAGUCUCUCUGCUGCUAUAUCAUUCUCCAUGAACUAUGAAACCGGUGUUCAACUCCGUGGUGCUGUCCUCGCCAUCGUCUAUCAAAAGGUGCUCCGUCUCCGCAGCCUAAAAGAUAAGUCUGCCGGCCAGUUGGUCAACCUCUUCUCCACCGACGCACAGCGUAUGUUCGAUGUCUGUAUCAGCGCGAUGAAUAUCAUAUCCGGCCCAUUGAUAUCACUGGUUGCUCUCGUCUACCUCCUUUUUCUACUCGGGCCCAUCGUCAUCUUCGGAUUCCUGGUCAUAUUCUGUUUUUAUCCGUUUCAGCUUUGUAUGUCGAAAUUAAUGAGCCUGUAUCGUAGAAAAGCUGUUGUUAUCACUGACCAGAGGGUCCGACUGAUGAAUGAAAUCUUGACGUGCGUGAAGUUGAUCAAGAUGUACGCUUGGGAGAAACCGUUUGCUAAAACCAUAGCGGGUAUUCGUGAUGCUGAAAUUAAGAUGAUGGAGAAGUCCACCUAUGUUCAGAGUAUGACGAUGGCAUUUACGCCCGGUCUUCCAAUCACAGCAGCCAUCCUGACCCUCAUAGCGCACACCCUGUUGGGCAACGAUCUCACUGCUGCACAGGCAUUUACCCUUCUGUCUGUUUUCAACUGCGUCCGUCCCAAGUUGAGCGUUGCGCCUGCCGCUAUUAAAUCUAUAAUCGAGGCCAGAAUAGCUGCCAAAAGAUAUCAGGACAUCUUAGUAAUGGAGGAGUCAUCUUCGUUGAGUAAACCUGACGACCCAGAUGUCGCGGUUGUGUUCAAGUCCACCACCCUCGCAUGGGACGUCUUACCUUAUGCCACCAAAGAGGAACUUAAGAUCCCUGAUACUCCGCUCAAGCCGAAGAGAUACCUCAGCGAAAGUGAAGGCAAUAAUAAUCUACGAAAAGGCUUGUACUUUUUUUGUCUUCAAAUGCCUCUAGCUGGAAGUACACCUAACACAGAAAUAAAGAAUCCGUUUGGAAAACCCAUAAAGAAACAAAAGAUGCAAUCUACAAAGAAGGGAAAAAAUCAGGAAACAAGAAAAAAUGAUAGUCAGGAAACAAGAAAAAAUAUCACUGUUUCCCAGAAGAAGCAGAGGUGCUUGCAGAUUCAGGCUGAGGUUUCUCUGAUGGAGAUUGAAAAACCAUCAUUUGAGGAGGAGGAGAAUCUUGAGGAGACAGAGUCGCUGGAAGAGAAAGAUCCUGAGUUUGAGGAGGCUUUGUUUGAUUUGAACUUGGAGGUGAAGAAGGGCAGUUUGAUAGGGAUCUGCGGUAGUGUGGGCUGUGGGAAGAGUUCGUUGUUAGCUGCGGUUAUGGCUCAGAUGAAGCUCAUGAGUGGUACUAUCAAGGUUUGCGGGGAUGUGGCAUACGUCGCCCAGCAAGCGUGGAUCUUCAAUGCGACAGUCAAGGAGAAUAUCGUCUAUGGUUACAGCUGGGAUGAGGUGAGGUACCAGAAGAUUCUUGAGGCGUGUAAACUCGUGUCGGACUUGGAGAUGCUGCCGUCGGGGGACGAGACUGAGAUUGGUGAACGUGGCAUCAACCUUAGCGGAGGUCAGAAGCAGCGAGUGAGCCUCGCCCGAGCAGUGUACAGUGACCGAGAUAUCUACCUGCUCGACGACCCACUGUCUGCGGUCGAUGGGCCCGUCGGCCACCACAUCUUUCACCAGUGCAUCAGGAAUCUUUUGAAGGAGAAGACUGUCUUACUUGUGACUCAUCAACUGCAAUAUCUGAACCACUGCAGCCAAGUCCUCUUGAUGAAAGAUGGCCGCAUCGUGGAGGCAGGCCAUCACAACGAUCUUUUGCAGCAGGCAAAAGAAUAUGCUGCAAUAAUACGGCAUUAUUCCAGCAACGAAAAUCUAGCGAGCGAAAAAUCAGACAUCCAUCACGCGCGGAGCAUGGAUGAAAUUUCGAUUCGUGUUUCGAAUCAAGCGGAUUUGUGGACGUUGGAUGAUAUGUUGUCGCAGAGCAGUCAUGGGUCCGGUCUGAAGCGGAGGAACAGCGCUAGUUGCUCUGAGUUACCAACAUCCUGUGACAGAAACCUCAUCCAUUCAAUGCAGAGUAUAAUGAGUGGCAUGAGUUAUGAGUCGGGCGAGCAUGAAGGAGCAACUGGAAAAUUGAUCACUGCAGAGACCAGGGCGAGCGGCAACAUCAAGGGCCAGACGUACCUGUCGUAUGUCAGAGCAGCCGGAGGAUUUGGCGUCUGCUUCUUUGUACUGUUCAUGUUUUUCAUCCACAUCGGCUGCACGGGUUUGGGGAACUGGUGGCUGUCGUACUGGUUGGCUCAGGGAAGUGGGAACACGAGUGUCACAGUGGACAAUGUAACUUACAUUAGUGAUAAUAUCAGCGAUAAUCCACAGAUGUAUUUCUAUAACUCGGUUCAUGGUGCUAUUCUCAUUGCCAUAUUGAUUACCACAUGUAUUAGGAGUCUACUUCUCAUGAAGUGUACGCUUCACGCAUCAAAUACCCUCCAUGAUCUGCUGUUUGUCAAGGUGCUAAGAAGUCCAAUGAGUUUCUUCGACAUGACACCGACAGGCCGAGUGCUGAAUCGCUUCUCAAAAGACAUCGAUGACACUGAUUCCGGUCUGCCAAUCUUACAAGAGUCCCUCCUUCAGAAUAUAUUCCUGGUGAUCCUCUCAAUAUUCAUGAUCGUUUACGUGUUUCCAUGGUUUCUGGUCGCCGUGGUGCCCCUUGUUGCCAUUUUCUACAUCCUACAACGAAUAUUCCGUACCGGUCUCCGCGAGUUGAAGCGCGUCGUGUCCGUGACAAGUUCUCCCAUCUUCAGCUGUGUCACGGCAACCGUCCAAGGUCUACAUACUAUCAAAGCCUACAGUAAACACAAGGAAUACAAUACCAGGUUUCAGCAACUACUUGACGAGAACACGAUGCCGCUGUUUCUCCACCAUUGUGCCAAACGUUGGUUGACCGUCCGCCUGGACCUGGUGGCCAUCACGAUCAUACUUAUAACUGCCUUGCUUAUCGUGCUGCUGAAGAACGAAAUCCCGACGGCUUACUCUGGCUUGGCACUCAACUACGCUCUAAUGCUGAUCGGCCUGUUCCAGUUUACCCUGCGGAUGGCGUUUGAGACGGAAACACGAUUCACAGCGGUGGAGAGAAUUGAUGAAUACAUCAAGUAUCUGAAGUCGGAGGCUCCAUCUGUUAUCAAAACUAAUCGCCCACCAAAUAACUGGCCUGCGGAGGGCCACAUCAAGUUUGAAAAUGUCCGAAUGCGCUAUCGGUCUGGGUUACCGUGUAUCCUGCGAGGUAUCAACAUUGAGAUUUCACCCGAGGAGAAAGUUGGGAUCGUCGGUCGGACGGGAUCGGGGAAGAGCUCACUAGGUGUGGCUCUAUUCCGAUUGGUGGAGUUAGCAGCAGGUUCUAUCACCAUUGAUGGGGUUGACAUCAGCGAGAUAGGGCUGGAAGAUCUGAGGACAAAGCUGUCUAUUAUUCCGCAGGACCCUGUGCUGUUUGUUGGGACAAUAAGGUACAAUCUCGACCCCUUCAAUGAGCAUACGGACAUUGAACUCUGGGAUGCCCUUAGAAAGUGCCAUAUCAUGGAAAUGAUCAGGGCGUUGCCCGGAAGACUGGACUCAACAGUUGUAGAGAACGGGGAGAACUUUUCUGUUGGGGAACGUCAGCUUCUGUGCCUUGCAAGGGCAUUACUAAGACAGAGUAAGAUACUGAUGUUGGAUGAGGCCACAGCAUCCAUCGAUUCCGAGACGGACUCAUGCGUGCAGCAGACGAUCGCAGAGUCGUUCUCUGGCUGUACUAUCCUGACUGUGGCGCACAGACUCAACACGGUGCUAAACUAUGAUAGGGUACUUGUCAUGAAAAAUGGAAAGGUUGUUGAAUUCGACAAGCCCAGCGCUCUUCUUGCCCGAUCGAACUCGACGUUCAGUUCGAUGAUGGCAGCCGUCGAGAGUCAAAGCACGUUGGCAGAUUUACAAAAUUGCUUUCUGGACAGCAGAUGACAGGAUGAAGAUAAAAACGACAGUGGAUAUUGAAACUGAAGGACUUAUUUAACCUGGAAUUUUGACGAAUCUGAUGCACCCGAGGCCAUUGAGUAAUAUUUCAGUGACUCUGUUAUAUGAGAUAAGACAUCAUGUAGUUUGAUCGGACUGUUUUUGUGAAGCUGUUGUGUUAUACAUUGUACAUGUAUCAUAUCGACUACAUAUCGUUUGUGUGUGAUAACGGCCUCUGAGUGCAUGCAUGUGAACCCAGUCACCCAGAAUUGGCAUUUUCAAAUUGGUGCUCUUGCGUGAAACUACACACUCGAGUAAAAGCAAUAAUUUAAACCUUUCACCAGUCAAGUGCUGAUUCAAACUCUUUAAAAGAAGAUUUGUAUAAUCUGUGUACUAGGAACUUUCAAAUUAUUAUUUCCAUCUGAAGUAACAAGAAUCAUGUCAGUCAGCUUAAGCAUUGAUUUUUUGAAUUUUUUUGAAUUGGUGAUUUUUACUAAGACUGAUGAGAUAGGUAUCAGGAAGUGCUUUCCUUCAGGCGUAAUUUUAUUAUUUCAUGUCAUCGGUUCUGGUGAUCAUAGGAGUUUCCAUACAUUGGUUUAGUUUGGAGAUUGAGACACAGAUUUGUCGUUUUGAUCACCCUUUCAUGUACAUGUAGGUAUACGUGUAGGCCUAACCAUUUUAGUGUAAAUUGUCAGUCUAAUUCUAGUGUGACAAAUCAGAAAAUGCAUUAAUCAAAUAAAUCAAAAUGAUGUGUAAUUUCAGUUUUCAAUAAAUUGUACCGGGUAAUUCAUUUUCUCAGAGCAAUAGCGAUAUCAUGUUGAAAACUCAAUAGCUGCAUGUCUGCAACGGUAAAAUUCCCAAAAUCUAGCUUAUAUUACUACCUCUUCUUUGAAGUUGGCUUGAGUGGGAGCUGGCCUUUUGUGCAUUUUGGUAUGUUCAGCCUGCUGCUCUUGGCUAUGAUUGCUUAGUCAUGUUUGGAAAAGUAUUAUUUUGAUGGGUAUAUUUUCAUUUUGAUCAGUUGAUUUGAACUGCUAUUCCUCACCAUCGCUGGUCAUGGACAUAAUCUGUUCUUGCUGAUUUCUGAGGUAUUUUUAUCAAAUACAUUUGCUAUGAAAGUUGUAUCAGUGGUUUGUUUCUUUUAUCUGCACUCA